GGGAUGAUUUAGUUGGGGAUUGGUCCUGCUUUGAGCAGCGGGUUGGACUAGAUGACCUCCCGAGGUCCCUUCCAACCCUGAUAUAUUAUGAUUCUAAACCUUUGUUAAUGGGUACUAAUUAUAUAUUUGGAGCAUGCCCAGUAUGAGCGGGGCAGGACUUCCGCCGACAGAGCUACUUGUCUGGCGCUGCCGGGACUAGUGUGGGGCGGGGCUGCCCUGUCGCACACUCCCUUUAAUUCUUUAUUAAUGAACUCCAGCAUCAGCUGGUCCAUUAUCUUACCCAGUAUCAAUGUCAGACUCUUGGAUACAAGUUAUCUGGACGCGCUGAUUUAAACAUGUCUAACUUUAAUAGCUGCUGUUUACCGUCCUCGUGAGUUAUUAUUGGAAUGGAAAGAGUGUUGUCGUCAACGUCUUCUGAUAAGAGUUACAUUAUCUGUUUUUCUCCAAAUCCAGGAGAGAAAUAUUUACUGAACACUUUUACCUCUUCUGCAUUAUUUUUGCUAUUUGUGUCAUUUCCGUCUAGUAAUUUAUCAUGACAAUUGUUGGGAUUAAUUUUGUACUUAAUAUACUUUUAAAAACUUCCUUCUUAUUUUCAUUGAUUGGCCAUUUAUUUCUGAUAGCUUCCCUUACCAGUUUUCUACACUUUUGAUCUUCUAACUUACAUUCUUUACUAUUGACUUCCCUUCUCUUCCAUAUAUUUUAUUUGGAGAGUGUUGGGAUUCCUACCAGGGAGACACCAGCAGGGUCCAGAGACAACCCCAUCUCCUGUAUCAAGUUUUGUCUAGUAGGGGCCAGUGACUUUUGAGGAGGUGGCUGUGUAUUUCACCAGGGAAUAGUGGGCUCUGCUGGACCCCACUCAGAGAGCCCUCUACAGGGAUGUCAUGUAGGAGAACUAUGAAACGGUGGUCUUGUUGGGGUUUCCAAUUUCCAAACCUGAUGUGAUCCCACAGCUGGAACGAGGGGAAGACCCGUGGGUCCCAGACAUCCAGGGCUCUGAGAAAGAAGUGCUCCUGAGAGCUGCCUGCACAGGUGAUGGGAUGGUGAGUGAGAAUGAGGAGGAGAAACCCCAGCAGGAAGAUGCUGAGCAAGUAGAACCACAUGGGAUGUUACCAGGAAGAUCCAAAGGGAAUGUUUCCGGGAGUUGUGCACUCCCAGAAAAAGCAAAAGCCUGUGAGACUCAGCACAGGCAAGAGGAAAACUUCAGUAGCCACUCAGACCUUUUAACACAUGACCAAAUCAACUUGGAAGAGACGCGCUACACAUGCCAUGAGUGUGGGAAAAGCUUCAAUGGGAUCUCUGACCUUCUCACACAUCAGAAAAUCCACAGUGGAGAGAGACCUUUCAUGUGCUCUGAGUGCGGGAAAAGCUUCAAUCGGAGUUCUUCCCUUAUCACACAUUGGAGAGUCCACACUGGUGAGAAACCUUUUGGAUGCUCUGAGUGUGGAAAAUGCUUCAAUUGGAGCUCACAUGUUAUCCGACAUAGGCGAAUCCACACAGGUGAGAAACCUUAUGGAUGCUCUGAGUGCGGGAAACGCUUCAAUCGGAGCUCACACCUCAUCAGACAUAGGAGAAUCCACACAGGAGAGACGCUCUACUCAUGCUCUGAGUGUGGGAAAAGCUUCAAUCAGAGCUCUGCCCUUAUCACACAUCAGAGAAUCCACACAGGAGAGACGCCCUACACAUGCUCUGAGUGCGGGAAAAGCUUCAAUCAAAGCUCAAACCUUAUCAGACAUCAGCGAAUCCACACAGGAGAGACGCCCUACAUGUGCUCUGAGUGUGGGAAAAGCUUCAAUGAUAGCUCAGCCCUGAUCACACAUCGUAGAAUCCACACAGGAGAGAAACCUUAUGGGUGCCCUGAGUGUGGGAAACGCUUCAAUCUGAGCUCAACCCUUAUUAGACAUCAGAGAAUCCACACAGGAGAGACACCCUACACGUGCUCUGAGUGCGGGAAAAGCUUUAGUCAGCACUCACACCUUAUCAUACAUCGUAGAAUCCACACAGGAGAGAAACCCUACACGUGCUCUGAGUGUGGGAAACACUUCAGUGAUAGCUCAGCCCUUACCACACAUCAGAGAAUCCACACUGGUGAGAAACCUUAUGGAUGCUCUGAGUGUGGGAAAAACUUCAAUCAAAGCUCAACCCUUAUUAAACAUCAGAAAAUCCACAUGAGAGAGAACUGUAAUAAAUGCCUAGAUUAGGGCUGGCCAAAGAUUUGAUUUUUUAAAAAAUCACUUUUGCUAAUUCCCAUGUGGUGCAAAUAUCACAAUCUUCACGUGGUCUCUCAGCUCCCCCAGAUGAGUUGCCUGCUUCUGCCUUUUGAAACUCACCAUUCUUUGGGGUCAGUCCUGUGAUCUUUUCUAUCCACUCCUUUCCUUUUGAGUCAUAGGCGUGUGUGUCCCUCCAGCCAGUAAUGUUCAUCGGCUCCAGGUGGGGGAGAGAGAUUUGAUCCCAACAAGCUACACUGAGGCAAAAACUACCUGUGCCUGACAUCCACUAGGACUGUACAUGGCGUUGGCUGCUCAAGUUAGUGAUCUUGGUGUAAAAAGACAAUUCUAAUUGUAGAGCAGAUGCAGCCCAGGUGCAGUCGUUAGCAUUAGCUUUCCCCUUGACCUGACCUAAACAAACCCUGAGCAGCACGGUUAUACUGUUUCCCCCAUUUCAAAGCAAUUGUUAGUCAUCAAGUUCCCCGUCCGGGAACAAAUUGUUUCAUUCCCAUUUGCACUGAUGUUGCUUCAGGUUGUGCUGGAAAACAGAUAUUUUAAAUGAGGAAAAUGGUAAUAAAAAUAUAUUGAACUAUAACAAAGAGCAGGAACAGGGCAGGGAUAAGGAAAAAUGUCAUUUCACUCUCUGUAACAACAGAAGAAGAUAGGGUAAGUCAGAGAGAUUUGCUUAUUCCCCAUCACCAUCCCAAUCCCCCUGUUGUUCAGUUGGUUAGGUCAAUAUUUUUUCUAAAGGCUUGGGAAGAGCAUUCCCUAGGAAAUGACUUGUAACUAAGCAAUAUAUCCAUGUAUUGGGCUCCCAAAGCAGUUGUGGCCCAGGCCCUGCAGGAGGUCGCUCCUGAAGAUAUCUCCUUCCUAGUCAGGUGCAUGUUGCCUAUUAUUUGGGAAAUGCAAUCCCUAUCAAGGUAGAGAUGGGAAAAAUGGAAGUGACAUUUCUCUUCAGCUUACCCCUGGGAGAUGCUGCAAAUAUGUAGAAAAUGAAAUCCGUGUUGAAUCUGAUAUAGCUGCAGAAAUAUAUCUAUUUUUAAUAGAAACCUGAUAUUUGGUAUCUUACAGGGAUUCUAAGACGCACCUGAAUUUAGUUCCUAAUUUAAAUCUGUCCCACCAAAUUAAAAAAAAUAAAAGGGCAUAUUUGGGGGAGUUAUACCUCACUAUUGCUACUGAUAUGUUGUGUGGUUGGUGAAGUAUUCUACGCCAGAGAAUUGUAAAAUUACUCCAAGUAAAGUCAAAGAUUUGACAAGAACUCAGGUAGAAAUUGCAGGUACUAGUGGUUGAUUUUUCACCCCAGAGAUAGAAGCUAUGGUGACCUGUGGCCCAGGUAAACUAUUUUUAGAAAGCUGCUCCCUAGUUAAAUGGCAUUGAUCACGCUCUUAAAGGAUGCCAUGAUUAAAAUGGGAACAACUGUCUUUUACCAUUUUGAUCCAAAGUUUCAUGAAGCAUAGAGAGAAUCAUAGAAGAUUAGGGUUGGAAGCGUCCUCCAAAGGUCAUCUAGUCCAACUCCCUGCUUAAAGCAGGAUCAACACCAACUAAAUCAUUCCAGCCAGGACUUUGUGAAGCCGUGCCUUAAAAACCUCUAAGGAUGGAGAUUCCACCACCUCCCUAGGGAACCCAUUCCAGUGCUUCACCACCUUCCUAGUGAAAUAGUAUUUGCUAAUAUCCAACCUAGCUCUCCCACUCUGCAACUUGAGACCGUUGCUCCUUGUUCUGUCAUCUGCCACCACUGAACAGCCAAGCACCAUCCUCUUUGGAACCCCCCUUCAGGUAGUUGAAGGCUGCUAUCAAAUCCCCCUUCACUCUACUCUUCUGCAGACUGACUAAGCCUACUUCCCUCAGCCUCUCCUCGUAAGUCAUGUGCCCCAGGCCCCUGAUCAUUUUUGUUGCACUCUGCUGGACUCUCUCCAAUUUGUCCACAUCCUUUGUGUCGUGGGGGCCCAAAACUGGACGCAAUACUGCAGAUCUGGCUUCACCAGUGCCGAAUAGAGGGGAAUGAUCAUGUCCCUCAAUCUGCUGGCAGUGCUCCUACUAAUACAUCCCAAUAUGCCGUUAGCCUUCUUGCCAACAAGGGCAUACUUCUGACUCAUAUCCAGCUUCUGAUACACUGUAAUCCCCAGGUCCUUUCCUGCAGAACUGCUGCUUAGCCAGUCCGUCCCCAACCUGUAGCAGUUCAUGGGAUUCUUCCUUCCUAAGUGCAGGACUCUGCAGUUGUCCUUGUUGAACUUCAUCAGCCUUCUUUUGGCUCAAUCCUCCAAUUUGUCUCCCCCCCCCCCCCCCCAUUUAGUGUCCUCUGCGAACUUGCAGAGGAUUCAAUUAAUCCCAUCAUCCAGAUCAUUAAUAAAGAUGUUGAACAAAACCGGCCCCAGGACCGACCCCAGGGGCACUAUGCUUGAUACCAGCUGUCAACUAGACAUCGAGCCAUUGAUCACUACCCAUUGAGCCUGACAAUCUAGCCAUCUUUCUAUCCACCUUAUAUUCCAUUAAUCCAAUCCAUACUUUUUAACUUGCUGGCAAGAAUACUGUGGGAGACUUUAGCAAUGUUUUUGAUACCAUCAAGAUAUAUCAUAUCCACCACUUUCCCCAUAUCCCCAGAGCCAGUUAUCUCAUCUUAAAAGGCAAUUAGGUUGGUCAGGCAUGACUUGCCCUUGGUGAAUUCAUGUUGACUGUUCCUGAGCGGGGAGGCAUAGCUCAGUGUUUUGAGCAUUGGCCUUCUAAACCAAGGGUUGUGAGUUCAGUCCUUUGAGGGGGUCACUUAGGGAUCUGGGACAAAAAUCUGUCUGGGAUUGGGCCUUCUUUGAGCAGGGGGUUGGACUAGAUGAUCUCCUGAGGUCCCUUCCAACCCUGAUAUUCUAUGAUUCUAUGAUCACCUUCCUCUCCUCCAAGUGUUUCAAAAUAGUUUCCUUGAGGACCUGCUCAAUGAUGUUUCCAGGGACUGAGGUGAGGCUGUCGUUCCCUGGAUUCUCCUUCUUCCCCUUUUUUAAAGAUGGGCACUAUAUUUGCCUUUUCCAUUUGUCUGGGACCUCCCUCGAUUGCCAUGAGUUUUCAAAGAUAAUGGUCAAUGGCUCUGCAACAACAUCAGCCAAUUCCCUCAGCACCCUCAGAUGCAUUAGAUCUGGACCAUGGACUUGUGCAUGUCCAGUUUUUCUAAAUCAUCCUUAACCUGAUCUUUCUCCACUGAGGGCUGCUCUCUUCCUCCGCAUACUGUGUUGCCCAGUGCAGCAGAGUGGGAGCUGACUUUGUCUGUGAAGACGGAGGUAAAAAAAGCAUUGAGUACUUCAGCUUUUUCCUCAUCAUCUCUCACUAGGUUGCCUCCCCCAUUCAUUAAUGGUCCCACACUUUCCCUGACCACCUUGUUGCUAACAUACCUGUAGAAACUUUUAUUACCCUUCACAUCCAUUGCUAGCUGCAACUCCUGCAUGCUUGAGCAAUAUUUUUAUACCCUUCCCUGGUCAUCUGACCAAGUUUCCACUUCUUGUAAGUUUCCUUUUUGUGUUUAAGCUCACCGAAGAUUUCACUGUUAAACCAAGCUGGUUGCCUUCCAUAUUUGCUAUUCUUUCUGCACAUCGGGAUGGUUUGUUCCUGUGCCCUUAAUAAGGCUUCUUUAAAAUACAGCCAGCUUUCCUGGACUCCUUUCCCCACCCCAUGUUAGCCUCCCAGGGGAUCCUGCCCAUCAGUUCCCUAAGGGAGUCAAAGUCUGCUUUUUCUGAAGUGCAGUGUCUGUAUUUUGCUACUCUCCUUUCUUCCUUUUGUGAGGAUCCUGAACUCAACCAUCUCAUGGUCACUGCUGCCCAGGUUGCCACCCACUUCUACUUCCCCUACCGAUUCUUCCCUGUUUGUAAGCAGCAGAUCAAGAGGAGAAAGGCCCCUGGUUGAUUCCUCCAGUAGUUGCACCAGGAAGUUGUCCCCAACACUCUCUAAAAACUGCCUGAAUUGUCUGUGCACUGCUGUAUGGCUCUCCCAGCACGUCAGGAUGAUUGAAGUCUCCCAUUAGAAACUUCAGUUAAUUGUCCGAAGAAAGCCUCGUCUAACUCAUCCUCCUGGUCUGGUGGUCUAUAGCACAUGCCCACCAUGACAUCACCCUUGUUGCUCUCGCUUCUAAACUUAAACCAAAGACUCUCAACAGGCUUUUCUCCAGUUUCAUACUGGAGCUCUGAGCAAUCAUACUGCUGUCUUACAUACAGUGCAACUCCUCCACCUUUCCUCCCUUGCCUGUCCUUCCUGAAUAGUUUAUACCCAUCCAUGAUAAUGCUCCAGUCAUGUGAGCUACCCCACCAAGUCUCUUUAUUCCAAUCACAUCAUAGUUCCUUGAUUGGACCAGGACUUCCAAUGCUUCCUGCUUGUUUCCCAGGCUUCUUGCGUUCGUGUACAUGCACCUAAGAUAACUAGCCGAUUGCCCUGCUUUCUCAGUAUGAAUCAGGAGCCCCUUCCUUCCCCCCCCUCCCCCCCCGGUUACAAGGAAGAGGGUGUGUUUCCUCCCGGUAUCCCACUUCCCUACUUACCUCACGGCUUAGGUCACUGUCCCCCCGUGAACCUAGUUUAAAGCCCUCCUCACUAGGUUAGCAAGCCUGCCUGCGAAGAUACUGUUCCCUCUCUUCAUUAGUUGGAUCUCAUCUCUUCCUUGCAAUCCUUCUUCCCGGAACAUGCCAUGGUUGUGGAAUCCAAAGCCCUGUCUCUGACACCACCUGCGUAAACACGCAUUCACCUCCACAAUUCAACGGUUCCUACCGGGGCCUUUUCCUUCAACAGGGAGAAUGGACGAGAACACGACUUGCGCCUCAAACUCCUUUAUUCUUCUUCCCAGAGCCACGUAGUCUGUAGUGACCCACUCAAAGUCAUUCUUGGCAGUAUCAUUGCUGCCCAUGUGGAGAAGUAGGAAGGGCUAGCGGUCCCAGGGCUUGAUCAGUCUCGGCAGACACUCCCUCACAUCCUGAAUUCUAGCUCCAGGCAAGCAGCACACUUCUUGAGUCUCUCAGUCUGGUCGGCAGAUGGAUGACUCCGUCCCCCUUAGGAGGUAGAUAUGUGCAUCAUGCAUCUUUCUGGACCAGCCUGACUUCAUGUCUGUGAAACGCCCACAAUCGCCUGGAGAACCAUUGAGAAACCCCCCCCCCCCCCCCUUGUGAUUGAUGUUUUCGAUGGCUAGGUUGUCUGGUGCCAGAAUUGGAAUAUGCAUGCCAUCUAUCGCCCCUCCGCAGUUAGGGAAGCCCAUUUGUGCAAAGCCGUCCACAAUGUCAUACACGUUGCCCAGAGUCAGUAUCUUUCAGAGCAGGAUUCAAUUAAUAGCCCUGCACACUUCCAUCAACACGUGUCCAACGGUUGACUUUCCCACUCUGAACUGGUUAGCGACUGAUUGAUAGCAAUCUGGAGUAGCCAGCUUUCACAGUGCAAUUGCCAUACAGUCCCAUGAAUGUGGCUUUCCUCAUCUGAAAGCUCUGCAGCCACUGCUUGUCCUCCAGAUGUGCAUGACGAUGUGAUCCCACCGCUCGGUGCUUGUUUGCUGAGCCCAAAAGCGGCGUUCCACUGUGGUCAGCACCUCCAUGAAUGCCACAAGCAACCUCCUGUCAUAGCUGCUACGCAUGGCAAGAUCAAUGUUGCACUCCUCUUGCCUUUGUAGUUUAAGGAAUAACACCACUGCCACUCAUGACGUGUUAGUGAGAGCGAGCAGCAUAUUGAUCAACAGUGCAGGAUCCAUUCCUGCAGCUUGAAAGAGGCAGAAUGUGCAGUACACAAACAGUUGAAAGAUGACGCCAAAUGUGCACGGAAGCACAGGGAUUACUGGCAUAUGAAGAUAUGCAUGACGGAACAUUGGGACAGGACCCAGGAUGCCCCGUGACGCCCUCUGCCUUCCCACAACUCUUAGCCGUAGAAGAGGAAGAGAUGCUUAGUGGGAUAGCUGCCCAGAGUGCACCACUCUAAAUACUGCUGCAAGUGUGAACAUGCUAUUGCACAGGCAGCUGACAGUGUGAACACACAAUAGCAGUUUCCCUUAAGUGCUCUCUGAGCCGCACUGUAACUCCCAGCGCUGUAACUCUGCCAGUGUAGACAUAGCCUCAGAGAGACUGACUGCCAGGAUCCCAGGACUGAUCCUCUCUGGGGAAUGAAGCACAACGUUGAUCGGCUAUGCAGCCUUCACUAGUCUCCCUGUACCUGAAAAGCCUGCUAGCCCAAAGUGCUGGACCAUCUAUGCCAUUACCUGGUUCCUAAACUGCAGCUACAGUUCCUACUCCGGGUGUAUCCAAAGACUGAGAGGUGCAGCGAUCCAACCCCUUAUAAUCUUAGAAACAUUUUGUUUCUUUUUCUAUUUUUUGUCUGUUUCUUUUUAGGAACUUGGAGACCUCCCGGCCUUUCUAUUAGAUUGGGUGUAACCAUGCGGCUGAGUGAGGGUGUGAACACCAUUGGAAUCUACAAAGGGAAGAUGCUAGGAAGAAUAUUUCCCCAAAUCUUAAUAGCCUUAAAACUCCGCCCUCUGAAAUGACUGAAUGCAUGCUCCUCACCUAUGGAAGCAUUGCAAGGAAUUGAGUUGUCAGAUAUGUAUUGUUCAACGAGAGCUGUUUGAACUUCUUUUACUAAUGUCAAGGUCUGUGUGUGUUUUGGGGUAAGAGGGUGAGGAGAAGUGUUAGUUACACAAUAGUGAAAUCUAAGGAGAAAACUGUAAUUAGCUUUGAGGUUGUAGGCUAAAUGUAAGCAAUAACUUGGUUUUGAUAUUGAAAUAUUCAGCUGGCUAAAUCUGGGUUGCACUGCCUGGGGAAAAAUCUCUGAUUGGGGUUUCGGCAUCACUAAAGAUGCACCUGGCUUCUUGGGUUGCUGUUUUAGGAUUUAUAAGUGUUGAUUUUCUGCUGUAUUAAUCUGAUGGUUUGACUAAAUUGAUGACUUGAUUCCAAUGCAAUAUCCUUGCUAACUCAUUGAUUUACUGAUUUGACCUGAACUUUGUCACUGUAUUGUUUAACCCUUAGCUGAGUGGAGUCUGUAGUCAUUUAGCCUUAGUGAUGUGUGCUCUUGGAUUUAUUUGUUCAUGUUAAUAAAACAUGUAACUGGG